GCCUAUUCUAACAGCAAAGAUAAAAUCCCCACCUGCCAUUACCCUAAAUUCAGGAACCUCCAGCAGAUGAGCACACGCUUACCCACACACCCCAAAAAUAAAGAAGUAACAAACAGAAAGUCUCGUCCUUCUUAUUCUACGGCCACUGUCAGGGCAGGUUACUCUUCACGGCAGAUCUCUGCUUGCCUUCUUUUUUUGGGCCUUUGGAGAUCUUUGAGGCGCCCCACGUGAUAAGGUGCGUGAGUUAGAUCAUUGGUUUCAUUUGGUAAGAGGAAAUUUAGCAGAGUUGAGCAAUGGUACGGGGACAGUUUUGAAAGCCCUUGAGAAAGCAUCAGAGUUGCAGAUCGAGCAUCAGGCGAGGCGAGGAACCCAAUGCUGCAUCCGUACAGAAUGGAGGGGUACAUCAUCCCACCCAAAGAAGAGGGUAGAGAGAGGGUAACCUGGACUGGCUGGAUGUCACAGACACCGUCUGUACAAAAAGAUUACUGGGCAGUUUUAACCAAAGAUCAGCAAACAGAGGAAAUGUUUGAAACAGAGAUCUAUCGACCACCAAUGGAGUAUCAGUAUAUCAUUGAUGACAGUCAGAACGAUCACUCUUGGGAUUAUAACACGCAUCACAUUCAUCCAGUGGACUUCGAGAAUCUGCCGGAGAGCCACUUUACAGAGCUACAAAGCGUGCAGUCACUACAUGCGGCCAGUGUGCAUCGCUUUCCAGAUGUGGAGUCCAGCCAUUUCAUGGACCCAGGCCUGGGUAGCCAUCACAUCCCUCUAACCAAUCCACAGAUGACUUACUUGCCCCGGACAUCGGUGUGUUACCCUCACAACGUCCAGCCAUCUCCUCUCCAGCGCAGCUCAGAUGAGGAAGAUCCCAGCAGUCGUAGUCCUCCAUUAGAGGUGUCAGAUGAGGAGUGUAUGAGAGACCACAUCAGCUCUACAACAGGAGGAGAGCAUGGUAACAAGAAGAAAAUUCGCUUGUAUCAGUUCCUGCUUGACCUUCUGCGAAAUGGAGACAUGAAGGACAGCAUCUGGUGGGUGGAUCGAGAAAAAGGAACAUUCCAGUUCUCAUCCAAGCACAAAGAGGUUUUAGCCAACCGAUGGGGCAUCCAGAAGGGCAAUCGCAAAAAGAUGACCUACCAGAAGAUGGCAAGAGCACUGAGAAACUACGGAAAGACGGGAGAAGUCAAGAAGAUCAAGAAAAAACUCACCUACCAGUUCAGUGGAGAGGUUCUCGGGAAGAGCCACACAGACAGAAAGCAUUACAUGUAAACAUAUUUGUAAAAAGACUGUAAAAAAAACAAGAAAGAAGCUAUUUUUUCCUCUAUGAAAACAACAAAUAAGACUCUUUUAAGCCUUUGCAUUAACACCUUCGCAUUAAUGAAGUCAAUAUAAGUACAUAUUUAAAAUGGCAGACACGAUGACCAAACUAGGUAAAUUUAAAAAACUAGUAAAGACAGUUCAACACCACGCAUGAUGGAAAAAAAAUCACAAAAAUACAAAAAGCAGAAGUGAAAACCAAUGACACAGCCUCACGGAAAACUCUGUCACGUCUGGGUAGAGCACACACACACACACACACACAUACACACACACACACACACACGCACACAGAUAGAUCUCUGCCCAUAUUUGAACUGUCUUUAAGUAAACUUGUAAUAUUUAAUAAUUAUUGGUCUGGUUUCUAUAAUUGCCAAUACAAAGUGUGCAGCAUGUUUUCUGUCAACCUUGUGUUCAAAAAGCUGGAUUAUCAGGACAAUUUCUCAGCAAUGCAUUAGCAUAUAUUAAUAGAAUGUUAAAAUUAAACAAGAAGCUUAAAACUGUUGAAAAACACAAAUAAUAUUUUACAACAUUUUGUUUUUUUGAGAUUGAAAGACUUUAGACCCUGUGCUUCACUCAUAAAACUGAGUGUUUAUUAUCCAUCUGUGACAGAAUUCUUAAAAACGUCCAUUAACUUUUUUGUUUUCAAAGAAAUUUGAAAUGAUACAGACAGACUACGUCAGAUAUGUUUCAACAUGUGUUGUUCUAGAAUGGUCGUGCUUUUCAACAUUAGGAAUAAGCUAAAAAAUUUUUUAAAUUAAGAUAAAAUACUCAACAAAAUAUAUCAAACUAAGCAUUUCUUCUGAGCAGUGUAAACCGCACCGUUUACACUGACAGCAAACAGGCCGUCGGCGCCCCCUGUCAGUCAGCGAGAGCAAAAUCCCAUAGCACAUCAUGAAAGUUCACUGAUUACAGUAUGCAACAUAAAAGACAAAAGAAAAACAGUAAAUAGUGGUUGCUGUGGAAAACAUCGUUCACAGAUUCAUUCAGUGAUUUCUGUACUUUCAGAGUGUGUCAUUAUGCAGACAGGCUCUACAAUUAGAGUCUGUUUUUUAGAAUAUGACGCUGCUUUUCAUUUGAAUAAAAACAAUCAAGUAUU